UCCAAAUAAAGAAAAAUAAAUAUCAGGGAUAAUUCUUCAUCGUAGAUGCGAAAUCCCAAAUCCCCAGAAGAAAAAUGUUAUCCUUCAAGCCUCUGUUUCUGUUCUUCCUCCUCCUUAUGCCACUCUGCACAUCCAUUGACACCAUAGCACUCAACCAACUGCUCAAAGACGGCGACACUCUAGUCUCCAAAGACAGAAAAUUUGAGUUGGGAUUCUUCAGGCCCGACAACUCCAGUAGUUCCACGUACGUCGGAAUCUGGUAUGCAGAUCAACCUCAAAAAACAGUUGUUUGGGUGGCAAACAGAGACAACCCCGUCAACGAUAGUUCCGGAGUUCUAGCAAUUAACAGGUACGGAAAUCUGGUUCUCUCUGCUGCUGGGAACAUUUCCAUUUGGUCAACGAAUGUGUCUGUCGAUGUCCAAACCAGAAGCACUUUUGUAGCUCAGCUUUUAGAUUCUGGAAAUUUAGUGCUUUUCCAGGAAAAUAAAAGUGAGAGCUUUAUUUGGGAGAGUUUUGAUUACCCAACUGACACUCUACUUCCAGGAAUGAAAAUUGGGUUCAAUUGGAAAACUGGGUUGGAAUGGAAAUUGACAUCUUGGAUUACGGAAAACAUCCCUGGAACCGGGGACUACAGUUUAAGGAUAGUUUCCAAUUCAACCGCCACCCCUCUAAUUGUUUUGUUUAAGGGUUUGAGCAAGUAUUGGAGAUCUGAUCCGGGGCCGUGGCGGAAUUUUGUGAGCAAUGAUGAGGAAAUGUACAAUUAUUUUGCUCCGAGUGAUAACGGUUCUGUAGCACGAGCGGUGUUGAGGGAUUAUGGAUUGUAUCAGCAGCUGAAAUGGAGUGAUGCUGAUGAUCAGUGGGAGGAAACUUUUGCUGCACCAAAAUAUCGGUGUGAGAAGUACGGACAGUGUGGUGCUAACAGCAUAUGUAGCCCUGACAAUGUUAAUAUGUUUGAGUGUGAGUGUUUACCUGGGUAUGAACCAAAAUCUGUGAAUGAUUGGAAUCAGAGAAAUGGGUCGGAUGGGUGCGUGAGUAAGCGAAUUGGGGGGUUGAAAUGUGGGAAUGGGGAUGGGUUUGUGACUGUUCAAAGAGUGAAAGAUCCAGAUGCUUCGAACGCACAGUUGGUUAAAAGCAUGAGUGCUAAAGAGUGUGGGCAAGCGUGCUUAAACAAUUGUUUGUGCACAGCGUAUAUGAGCAUAGAGUGGGAUGGGCGGAUUGAUUGCAUGACAUGGUAUGAUGAUUUGAUGGACAUUUUAGUGCACACAGAGUUGGGACGAGACUUAUAUGUUCGUGUGGACAAAAUCGAAUUAGCUAAGCAUACCAACAAAUCAAAGGGUUUUUUGAGGAGUGGCGCUUUGGCUAUUCCAAUCAUUUCGGUAAUGCUGGCAUUGGUAUUAAUCAUUGUGUUUGCCUGCCGGCGUCAUAACAAAAAGAGUAAAACAAAAGACUACGUGGAGGUAGAUGAACUUGAGGAAACUGGGAGACACCCCGAGUUGCAAUAUUUCGACCUGAGCACCAUACUAGCGGCCACAGACAACUUCUCGCCCGUUAAUAAACUCGGCCAAGGGGGUUUUGGCACUGUUUAUAAGGGCCAGUUACCAAAUGAUCAGAUUAUAGCUGUAAAAAGAUUGUCAAAAACUUCUGGACAAGGGGUUGAAGAAUUCAAAAAUGAAGUUGCGCUGAUAGCGAAACUUCAACACCGGAAUCUGGUGAAACUUUUAGGCUGUUGUAUAAAGGGAGAAGAAAGGAUAUUAGUCUUGGAACACUUGCCAAACAAAAGUUUAGACUACUUUCUUUUUGAUCACAGAAGAAGGUCCUUGUUGGAUUGGGAUAAGCGUCUUGAAAUCAUCAAUGGGGUUGCUCGUGGGAUUUUGUAUCUUCACCAGGACUCGAGAGUUAGGAUUAUCCAUAGGGAUCUAAAAACCAGCAAUAUUCUUCUAGAUGCUGAGAUGAACCCAAAAAUUUCUGAUUUCGGCAUGGCAAGAAUACUCCAUGGGGACCAACUGCAGGACAAGACGAACAGAAUUGUUGGAACAUAUGGCUAUAUGUCACCAGAGUACGCAGUGUUUGGGAGAUUUUCAACAAAGUCGGAUGUCUUUAGUUUUGGGAUCAUAUUAUUGGAGAUUGUAAGCAGCAAGAAAAACAACGGUUUAUAUCAGGAGGAUCAUUCCAUGAACUUGAUAGGACAUGUUUGGCAGCUGUGGAGAGAAGACAGAGCCUUGGAAAUUGUGGAUUCGUCAUUAGAGUCAAAUCAGUCCGAGGAAGUCGUGAGAUGCAUUCAGGUUGGCCUUUUGUGUGUGCAAGAAGAUCCAGAGGACCGCCCAACCAUGGCAGCUGUUGUUGUCAUGUUAAGUGGCGAAGCAUCUCCUCCAGUACCUAAGCAGCCUGCAUUUGUAUUCAGAAAAAACCCCUGCAGUAAUGCUGAUCCAUCAGUUUCGAAGGAAUCAUGUUCUAUAAACGACCUGACAAUAACUAAAUUUCAAGCUCGAUAAUGAUGCAGCAGUAUUAAUAAAUCAACAUAUGCGAAAUCCCAAAUCCCCAGAAGAAAAAUGUUAUCCUUCAAGCCUCUGUUUCUGUUCUUCCUCCUCCUUACGCCACUCUGCACAUCUAUUGACACCAUAGCACUCAACCAACUGCUCAAAGACGGCGACACUCUAGUCUCCAAAGACAGAAAAUUUGAGUUGGGAUUCUUCAGGCCCGACAACUCCAGUAGUUCCACGUACGUCGGAAUCUGGUAUGCAGAUCAACCUCAAAAAACAGUUGUUUGGGUGGCAAACAGAGACAACCCCGUCAACGACAGUUCCGGAGUUCUAGCAAUUAACAGGUACGGAAAUCUGGUUCUCUCUGCUGCUGGGAACAUUUCCAUUUGGUCAACGAAUGUGUCUGUCGAUGUCCAAACCAGAAGCACUUUUGUAGCUCAGCUUUUAGAUUCUGGAAAUUUAGUGCUUUUCCAGGAAAAUAAAAGUGAGAGCUUUAUUUGGGAGAGUAUUGAUUACCCAACUGACACUCUACUUCCAGGAAUGAAAAUUGGGUUCAAUUGGAAAACUGGGUUGGAAUGGAAAUUGACAUCUUGGAAUUCCAAAAACGACCCUGGAACCGGGGGCUACAGUAUGAGGAUGGUUUACAAUUCAACUGCCACCCCUCUAUUUGUUUUGUUUAAGGGUUUGAGCAAGUAUUGGAGAUCUGAUCCCGGGCCGUGGCCGAAUUUUGUAAGCAAUGAUGAGGAAAUGUACAGUUAUUUUACUCCGAGUGAAAACGGUUCUGUAGCACGAGCGGUGUUGAGUGAUUAUGGAUUGUAUCAGCAUCUGAAAUGGAGUGAUGCUGAUGAUCAGUGGGAGGAAACUUUUGCUGUACCAAAAUAUCGGUGCGACAAGUACGGACAGUGCGGUGCUAACAGCAUAUGUAGCCCUGACAACGUUAAUCUGUUUGAGUGUGAGUGUUUACCUGGGUAUGAACCGAAAUCUGUGAAUGAUUGGAAUCAGAGAAAUGGGUCGGAUGGGUGCGUGAGUAAGCGAAUUGGGGGGUUGAAAUGUGGGAAUGGGGAUGGGUUUGUGACUGUUCAAAGAGUGAAAGAUCCAGAUGCUUCGAACGCACAGUUGGUUAAAAGCAUGAGUGCUAAAGAGUGUGAGCAAGCGUGCUUAAACAAUUGUUCGUGCACAGCGUAUAUGAGCAUGGAGUGGGAAGGGCGGAUUGAUUGCAUGACAUGGUAUGAUGAUUUGAUGGACAUUUUAGUGCACACAGAGUUGGGACGAGACUUAUAUGUUCGUGUCGACAAAAUUGAAUUAGCUAAGCAUACCAACAAAUCAAAGGGUUUUUUGAGGAGUGGCGGUUUGGCUAUUCCAAUCGUUUCGGUACUGCUGGCAUUGGUACUAAUCAUUGUGUUUGCCUGCCGGCGUCAUAACAAAAAGAGUAAAACAAAAGACUACGUGGAGGUAGAUGAACUUGAGGAAACUGGGAGACACCCCGAGUUGCAAUAUUUCGACCUGAGCACCAUACUAGCGGCCACAGACAACUUCUCGCCCGUUAAUAAACUCGGCCAAGGGGGUUUUGGCACUGUUUAUAAGGGCCAGUUACCAAAUGAUCAGAUUAUAGCUGUAAAAAGAUUGUCAAAAACUUCUGGACAAGGGGUUGAAGAAUUCAAAAAUGAAGUUGCGCUGAUAGCGAGACUUCAACACCGGAAUCUGGUGAAACUUUUAGGCUGUUGUAUAGAGGGAGAAGAAAGGAUAUUAGUCUUGGAACACUUGCCAAACAAAAGUUUAGACUACUUUCUUUUUGAUCACAGAAGAAGGUCCUUGUUGGAUUGGGAUAAGCGUUUUGAAAUCAUCAAUGGGGUUGCUCGUGGGAUUUUGUAUCUUCACCAGGACUCGAGAGUUAGGAUUAUCCAUAGGGAUCUAAAAACCAGCAAUAUUCUUCUAGAUGCUGAGAUGAACCCGAAAAUUUCAGAUUUCGGCAUGGCAAGAAUAUUCCAUGGGGACCAACUGCAGGAUGAGACCAACAGAAUUGUUGGAACAUAUGGUUAUAUGUCACCAGAGUAUGCAGUGUUCGGGAGAUUUUCAACAAAGUCGGAUGUCUUCAGUUUCGGGAUCAUAUUAGUGGAGAUUGUAAGCAGCAAGAAAAACAAUGGUUUAUAUCAGGAGGAUCAUUCCAUGAACUUGAUAGGACAUGUUUGGCAGCUGUGGAGAGAAGACAGAGCCUUAGAAAUUGUUGAUUCGUCAUUAGAGUCAUAUCAGUCCGAGGAAGUCUUGAGAUGCAUUCAGGUUGGCCUUUUGUGUGUGCAAGAAGAUCCAGAGGACCGCCCAACCAUGGCAGCUGUUGUUUUCAUGUUAAGUGGCGAAGCAUCUCCUCCAGUACCUAAGCAGCCUGCAUUUGUAUUCAGAAAAAGCCCCUGCAGUAAUACUGAUCCAUCAGUUUCGAAGGAAUCAUGUUCUAUAAACGACCUGACAAUAACUAAAUAUCAAGCUCGAUAAUGAUGCAGGCUCUUUUGCUUGCAUAGUUAUCGAACUUCUAUUCUUUUUUAUUCUCUUAUAAUUGAGUCUGUUUCUGUACUCUUGCGUGACUAAAAGUCCUAGAUGAUCUGCACGGUAUAUCUUGUAUGUCUGUGAAGUGUAAUCAUAUAAUGUACACUGCGAAGUGAAGUCAUACCUUUUGAA